CUUGAUGGAGAAGGAUCGUAGUUGGAUGUAUGGUAGAUGUGACAUAGAAGAAUUCUUGAACGGUGUUUCUGAAUUCUGUAAAAGUGCUUUAAUAAAUCAAGCUAAAGCAGGAAGAGAUAAGUUUUAUCGUCCUUGUGUUGAUUGUAACAAUGUAAAAAUAAUUAGUAGUAUUGAGGUGAUUAGAGAGCAUGUACUUCGCCGUGGGUUUAAACCUUUCUAUCACGUAUGGUUUUGGCAUGGUGAAGCGAGCAUAGACUCAAGUGUAACUUUACCACAAGACAUGAAGUCCAUUAAAGAUACAUUAAGAGAACACCUGAGACAUGAGAUGGAAAGUAAGUUUGCUAUAAUCUUACCAUACUUGGGCAUGCAGGUAAAGGCAGCUUAUUGCUUAUUGCCAAUUUUUUUCCACUAAACAUAUGUAUGCCUAUAAUUAAGCAGUUAUGUUUUUUAGGAAGAGACACCUUGCAAACUUUUGUACACAGGAUCAUGUACCAUUGAUAAAUUGCGUAUGGUGGCCGAGGGCAAUGCACAACCACCAAGUGAGCGCUUACAAGUCCAUUUCCAGUCAAUCCCGAUGGGAUACUUUGCAAUCGAAGUAUACAAAGUUCAUGAUGGUUUCGAGGAUUUAACAGUUGCAAGGCCUAGUAAGGACUCUAACAUCUUAAAACUGCGCGAUGCCAUUGGUAGUUUGAUACUAUGGCUGUGUGCAUGGUUGAGGAUUUCAGCCGAGACCUUACAGAAAACAAAAGCUCCUAAAAGAAAGAAAACGGAUACACAAGCUAGCAAUAUUGGUCCACAAUUAGGAGAUUUGAACGAACAAAGAAAUCAAAAAACUGAGAUCAAAGGGUCGAUAAAGACUUUACUUGUUGGACUGAAUGUGCUUGGAUCUCUCAGUAAGGCAUGCAAUUGGUUGCAUAUAAACGUUUGCGGGUUGCCUGAUGGGAAUCCUAUUGCUGUUGAUCUGACUAAGUCUUUCUGCAACUCUCCUGAGGAUGCAAAGACAUGGAUAUUUAAAGCUGAUGUCUCAUUGUUCCUCUCUGGUGAUAUGGUUACAUACCAAUUAUGCAAGCUUUUGUAAGGUCACUUCAAGAGCACUUGAAUGGAUGUGAUUGUCAGAUUGGGUGGUUAUGUCCGGAACAAAUUUCUGGUUCUAAUAGCUGGACCAAUGUAUGGAAAGUCCGUGAUUACAUCGAUAAUGGUAUUAAAGAAUCAAUUCAUGUUGGAGACAAGUUCAUCUUUGCCCCAUACAUUGAAAAGUAUGUCUAAUUAUACGCUUUAGUAGCUUAAUUGCACAUGAAAAUUGAUUAUAAUGGUAUCAAACUAUGUUGUAUUUGUAGUGCCCAUUGGUCGCUCCUUGUGAUAUGUGUUACAAGUCAUACAAUUUAUCAA